AUGACUGUAUCGCCCAAGGACUACACGCUCUUCACCCCCUACAAGCUUUCAGAAAGCCUCGAGCUCAAGAACCGCAUCGUCAUGUCUCCACUCACUCGUGCUCGUUGCGACCCCGUCACCCACGAGGCUGGACCCAUGCAAGUCGAGUAUUACUCGCAACGUGCUGGUGCUGGUCUCAUCAUCACCGAAUCCGUCGCUAUCUCUGUGCAAGGGUUUGGCUGGUACGGAGCUCCGUGCAUGUACACGCAAGGCCAUUGCGAUUCCUGGAAACCAGUGGUGGAAGCUGUUCACGCGAAGGGUGCGAAGAUCUUCUUGCAGAUCUGGCACAUUGGGCGUCAGGGCCACCCAAGCUUCAGUGGUGAGGUGGUCGGUCCAUCGGCUAUCGGUCCCGUCUCCGGCCACACGCGUGAUGUCAAUGCCGAGAAGGCUCCUUACGAACUCUGUCGUGAGCUUAAGACUGAGGAGAUCCCCGAGGUGAUCGAUGACUUCCGCAAGUCAGCUCGUCUGGCAAAGGAAGCAGGAUUCGACGGUGUCGAUAUCCACGCAGCGAAUGGGUACCUUCCUGACACGUUCCUCCAGUCCAGUACCAACAAGCGCACGGACAAAUAUGGAGGUUCGGUUGAGAACCGUGCUCGGUUUUUGUUAGAACUGGUCGAGGCGCUACAGAAGGAGUGGCCUGCGGAGCGUAUCGGUCUGAGCCUGUCGCCUAAUGGCUUCUACGGUGACACCGGCAGCGCUGAUAACUACGAGAUGUGCUGCUACGUCGCUGAGAAACUCAGCAAAUAUGGCCUCGCCUACUUGGCUACAUUGGAUGGUUUCGGCUUCGGCUUCCAGGACAAGGGGCGUCUGACUAAACCGCUCGAUGUGAAGAAGAACUUCAAGGGAACAGUCAUGGCCGCUAACAUCUACACCCGCGAUACCGGUGAGGGCGUUUUCUUAAGUGGCGCUGCGGACCUUGUCAGCUUCGGACGUCCGUACAUCUCGAACCCCGACUUGGCUGAGCGAUUCCUCAAUGACUGGCCUCUCAACGAGCCUGCCGGGUACGAAACGUGGUUCGGCACACGCAUGCCUGGGCGUAGUGGAUACGUCGACUUCCCUGUUUACAACGCUGCUAAAAAAAGAGCGGUAACAGCGAUUGUUAUCAAAUCACAAGUACCAUAUUAA